AUGACUAGUAAUAAUUUUAUUGGUAUUGAUAAUAUUGGUGUUAAAAAUAAAAAUAUUAUUAUUGAAGAUGUUGGUGUUAAAAGUGAAGAUGUUAUUAUUAAUAAUAUUGGUGUUGAAAAUGAAAAUAUUAAUAUUGAAGAUAAAAGUAUUAAUGUAAAAAUUGAUGAUUUUGUUAAUAAUAGUGAUAAUGAUAGCAA